AUGGCGAAUAACCAUAUCAACGAGGUCACGUUUGUGACCGUCCUCUGGGUCUGUCUGACCAUCUCCUCCUUCUUCGUCUUCAUCCGGCUCUCGCUCCAAUAUCAUCUCAAUCGAAGCCUGAGCGCGACUGACAUCUUAGUGCUGGCUGCUUGGCUAUUGUAUCUGAGUAAUGCGAUACUCUGGUCCGCCAUCUACAAGCAAAUGUUCCCAAUGAUGGCUCUGGGUGAAUCCACCCUCGAUAUCUCAGACAUUCCAGGCAACAUUGCAUGGGUCGAAAAGCGAUAUCUUCGAGGACAGCUCGCAGGUUAUCUGAUUUCUUUUCUUGCCUUGUGGCUGAUCAAACUAUCCUUCGUGUUCUUCUUCCGGAAAUUGGGGAAUCGCUAUCGUGCGCAGCGUAUCCUCUGGUGGGCGGCUCUUGUAUUCGUCAUAGCCUGCUACGGAGGGGUCAUGGGCGUCUUGGACUAUUCGUGUUUGAUGAGUUCGCUGAAGGACAGUAUCGCGGUUUGCCAGAAUGCUCAUGCAAUUUGGUAUGAACGUGUGAGUCUGAAGGUCGCGACCGCUAUGGACAUUAUAUCGGAUGCAGCCAUUAUCCUCCUUUCCGGAAACGUCAUGUGGAGGGUUCAGAUAAACCUGUCGAGAAAGCUGGCAUUGAUUGGAAUCAGUUUAUUGACCGCGUUUAUUAUCAUCAUCGCGCUGGUCCGGUUGUUACUCAGCGUAUCAGGUACCGGCAUCUUGAACCCAGCAUGGCUCGCCAUGUGGAAUGCCAUUGAGAUCUGUGUCGCCAUCAUGGUUGCCUGCCUGGCAUCGUUCUGGACCUUCUAUACCAAGUCGAAAAGAUCGCGCAGUGAUGGUUGUGAAUGCGAUCGCUUUUCUCCGAACAGACGUUACGCCUGUCUGGAGAGACCCAUCUUGCUGGUCGAACGGAGUGUUGCGGGGGUUAAGAGUCAUCCGUCUGCUGUGUCUGUGGGAAGUAAGAGCUCAACACGGGACAUAUGCCCGACCCGGUAGGGUUCCGUUUUGAAGCUAGAGUAAUGAUCGUCUCUUGCCGGCUUCGUUCAGAUAGGAAAGUAUCAUUGGUGAGACUCAAGAAGGUAGUGCGUGCAAAUGAACAGAAGAGAUCUGAUAUUCUUGCAAAUGUCG